GUUCGCUCGCACUGUUUUGUUGAGUAGGUCGUUAGUGUGCGAUUUGUUGUAACGAACGCGCGAUGGUUUGGCAGAGGACGUAACAUAAGGACAGCUAAUAUCGCUCACCGGAGAGCUAUCACCAUGCAGAUUAUACUUAAAGUUUGCUGGUUAGCUCCUAUUCUCCAGACGUGAGCCAUGCGAACCAGCUACGGUCCCAGGGCUGUCUUUCCGCUCCUUGUCGGGGCGUCCCUGGCCGUGCUGCUCGCUUUGGUGGAUGGAAACGUGGAUCAUGCAGCCCUCCUGAUGAAAUGUUCCGAAAGGCAGGACUGCCUUACCAAGCGAACAGUCUGGGAACACUUUACCAGUGACCUACCCAGCUGCUUGGUCAAUGCACGUGUAUGGUGGUCCAGCAAGUCCCUGGGGAUACCCGUGACGCUGGUAACGCAGCUAUCAGCAGAACGGCUGGACCAGCUCAAAGCGCAGUGCGCCACAUGGGGGGGCCCGUUGGCGGCAGCCCUCUACGUACCGCUCCACAACCCCUCGGCGACUGAGCUGUUGGAAACCUCUCGACAGAAACUCGAAGCCAUGAUCGCGCACGCAGACGAACUCUUCCGCAACUCGGAAAAUAAUAACAACGGGCAUGGCUGCCAGCUGCGCCUCGCCCUUAUAUACGAGCUCUUUGCAGAUCCACGCGCACAAAUUUUGUACCCUGUCAAUAGCCUGCGUAACUACGCGCGACUGAUGGCAGACACGGACCUUAUCGCUAACAUUGACGUGGACAUGGUGCCGUCACUUUCCAUCUCCACAGCUCUAGCCGAACCGCAAACCCUAGCUGAGUACACUCGCGCCUGCCGCAGUGGUGCCGUGUACGUGCUGCCCGCCUUUGAAACGCACUGCGGGGGCACUUCGUACGCUGACUCUGUUGCUGUGGACGGCAAGAAGGCGGUGAUACAGGGAAUCAAGAGGUGUGUCCGCCGCAUGCGGCCCAAGGCACCCUUCAGCCACAACUCCACUAAGUAUGAACGAUGGUUUGCGACGGAUGAGGCGUACUCGAUUACCUACGGGCCGCUCUUCGAGCCCUGGUUUAUAAGCUGGCGUUGGGGCACGCUAUGGUAUGAUUACAGGUAUCGAGGCUACGGGAAGAACAAGAUCGUGCAAGCAGCCGCCAUGAACGCCACGGGCGCGAUUUGGCUCGUGUCGCCUCACGGCUUCUUGGUACACCGUCCCCACACGGAGAGCCGCGCGCGCAAGGACUUCCUGCGCGCCAAGUUUAGCCGCAAGGACAUGCAGGCUCUGCGUGGCACGGUGUACGAGCACGUGGAGUCGCUGUGGGAAGAGACCAAGGCAGAGUUUGCUGAUGGCAAGUACGUGGCGCGAGUGGAACGUGACUUCCAGGUCUGCCUGGGGUCGCUGCCUUGGUGGCAAUCCAGUGGUGGGGGGUGAGGAAUGAAGGAGUGAACGGAGGAGGACGGGUGAUGUGCUUUCGUGCGGGUGUAGUGAUGUGAUAUGAUGCUACAGCUCGACAUGGGAAGAGGGCCCAAAGAGUUCAGGCCUUCCUCCCGAUGUGCGGGCGACUGGAUUUGGGUUUGAAGGGUGCUGCUGGGCAUCCGUUAUGUAGUGGAGUGGUACAUGCCAGGCCGGGCUAUCUGAGUGGGGUCCUGAGGCCUGGGGCAGGCGGCCCGCACCGACCACCUGGGCUCUGGUAAAUAACUGGCUAUAAUACAUGUCAUGCGUCUGUGUGCCGCAAAUACGUUCCCCAUAGUGGUUUUACCCCCGAACCCUACUCAGCUCAGUCGUCGAGCACUUGGCUGUUAACUUUCAAGUCAGCUCUAAAAACCAACAAAAUAAUGCAAUUCUUGGACGCUUGGAGUCGUGGGGUCGUAGCUCAAAUGGUAGAGCGCCCGCUUAGCAUGCGUAGCUAAGCGCCGCAUACAGUGUGCGGGAGGCAGGGGGUUCGAUGCCCUCCGACUCCAGGGCGACGCCUUUUGGCUUCUUCAUGUCCCAGCAUCAUGUCCUUUUUUACAGGACCAUGAAAAAUUUCAACUGUACAUGUAAGGACUAGCUCGUC